AAAGAGUGUCAGAUGGAAGCCAGUCGCCUGUUCGUGCACACCACGUAUACACUGAAAAAACUUCAAAGGCACGCAGGUGCGCACGGGGACGUUAAUGACAAAGCUCCACACAGCAUUUGAUUUCAUCCAAGGAUAUCCUCUCCUCACGCUCACAAAGGAACUGAUAGAGUUGGAGCUCCCUUUCUUGUUUUUCUCCACUACAAAGACAUGGGAUGGAAUAAGGGGCCUUAAAGUGAAGAAGAGCAAACUAAGGAGCUCACAAAAACCUAACCUGCGAUUGUCUUUUUGGAGUGAAUCUUCUCUCCUUAACCGGAUGACAUGCCUUGACUCAACACCCACCGUACAAUGGCAGGUUUAGUCUCCACUGUGUGUUUGGUGGUGAUGCCCAAAGCUCUCAUGCACACCCACAGCCAGCGUGCUGUGUUUCUGGUGGUAACAGUGUUGUUAAGAGUGAUCGCAGCUGACUUACCUGGGGCAGAUGAAUCUCCUUUGGACUCUACACAUGACCCCAUGGAAUUUCUUGGAGAUAUUCAAAGUCCUACAUCAUCACCAUUAGCCUUACCAGACUCGCAUUAUACUGCCUUUGAGAGUCUAGACUCACCUGGUGCCCUCCCAUCCAAUCCUGAACCAAGCCAUGAACUUAGGACUGCUGAUAGCAUUUAUAGGGGGCAUAUUACAUAUGAAAACUCCAAAGUCAUUAUGUUAAGAGAUACCUCUGCAGAAGAGCCACACACUCUGAUGACUCCAACCUUAAGACCGUCUGUACCUGUACGGGAGUCUAGUCCACACUUUCAAGGACCAGCUGAACUCCCCUUUGACUGGAAGCUGGCGAGGUCAUCUCUCUCAGAAGCUCAAACAAAGUCCCAGCUACAGCCUUGGGAAAAUAUAUCCAUAACAUCAGUAAACCCUUCUGCAACACCCCAGCUAAGUCUUAAUUCUGACAAAAGGAUGACCUUCCAACCUGAAGGGCCUCUCGGGCCACCCAUUCAGACUUUCACAGACCUUUUAACAGAUGAAUCGCAUAUGAAACCAGUGUAUGCAGACCAGCUGAGCUCCAGUAAUACCCCACUGGAGAACAAACAUGCAUAUGAUAUAAACAUGCUGCCCAACCCAGAUGAGAUUCUGUCUCCUGGCUACAAGGUGCCUUUCAUCACCCCCCACCCAACAUCACCUUCAUCUGAACCCACAGAGCUCUCUCCAGAGGACUUCUACCCCACAAACACCAUGGAAGUAGACUGGGGGUCUGGAGACUACUUGGAGACGAUGUCUUUUUUCAAUGCCGAUACAGAAGACUAUUCUCUGGUCACCAAGGUGCCCUCUGACUCAUAUGAUCUAGAAGACUAUACAGAAACUUAUGACACAUCCUUCCCUUCCAGAGUGGGCAUAUCUCCCUCAUCCUUGAAUCCUCUGUACGUUUCCCCUUCCCCCAGCCUCGUGACAGCGUACAGCACCGUAGUUUCUCCUAGAUCUAUUUAUCCUUCCUCAUUUUCAACAACAGUUCAGUUUUCCCUGGAACCUACUCCAACACCUAACAGUGACGUGCCUGACAUUUCAGACGUAGAUUGGUCAGAUACAUACACAAUUCAACCAACAGAUGUCCUUUUGCCAGACAUGAACAGCUUGGAAUAUUAUAACAAUCAGCUGACCAAGGAGAAUAACGGUUCAGAAACCGGGGCUGAACACAGGGGGAACAUUACUGUGGUGUCCAUCAGUACUACAGACAGCACACCUAACAACAGCUUCAGCAAUGAUACAACAGUGAUUGAGGAUGAGUCCUCCAGUGAUCUCUCGGGGCUUGAGCCUCAUGAUGGAACGAGCUUUGUAGUAACCACAGAGGAGAGUCCUCAGUUGGCCAAUGCUUCUCAGCCUUUUCUUGAUCCUUCCAUAGUCUCAACGCAUUCCCUCCACUCCUUUUCUUCUUCGGAUGGUCAGGUGUCCACCACAGAUUGGUCUGCACAUACAAACAACGUUGGCCUGGAUAGCACUUCAAUUACAGGAGCUGUGCAACCAAGUACAACACCUUUGCUGCCAGACGAUUUAAAUUUUGCCUCCUCUCUUACGUAUGUUCACUGGUAUGUUACAGAGUCUCUCCCAAAAAGUACUGUGGAUGCAACUGCUGUCUUAACUGCAACUAUAGACUUCUCCCCUGUUCCCACUGAGCCUGCUGCCAAUAGUACAGCCGGUACAACAGAAUUAGCUCCUGACGAGUCUGCUUUUACAAAUGAUCAAACUCUCAAUGCAACUAUAGUUUCAACUGAAUCCACGUCUCAGAAUGUCACUCUGCCCCCUCCAUUUGUGAUGGGUGAUCAGGGGGUGACUGAAGAUGGAGUUGACACCCUAGCCACACUGACCUAUAUCCCAACCAGUAGUGUAGUUAAUAAAGUCUCUACUACACCCACAAGUACACCUGCCACAACUACUCCCCAUCAAGCCACAACCAGAAUUACUGCCACCUCUGAAGUCUCAACUGUUGUCAACAUCAUCUCUACCACUGUUGGUAAAAUCACAGCUAUAGCACCAACAUCGAGAUCGUACCUCUGCAACGUUAACAAACCCGCUUAUUUGAUCAAGAUCGGUUUUCCAGCCGGGACCACUGUAGGAUAUGCUAAAUCUCAGAUCAGAGACAUACUGAAAGGGGAAUUUAACAAAUCAGUGGAACUGCAAGUUGUGGAUCCACCACCAAAAUUUGUGUUUCGAGUGGUGUCGGGUCCGGUCGUGUACACAGGCAUAUCUGUCGUCAAUGCACUGAGGAGGUCGGGGCGCCGCUUCCUGUCUGUUUCUCCAAACUGGUCGACGCCAGAUAAAAAUUAUCAAGUCCACUCAGUGUUGCAGUUUGUUCCUGGCCACGUGGACGUGCGGUUCUGCAACUUCAGUGAGAGCAUCGAGAGAGGUUUGACCAGGGCCUUCGCCGAAGUCCGCAGGCGAUCAAAGGAGUCGACUAAUUUCACAGUGCAUAUUGUAAACAUCACCAUGGCUGCUCCCAUAUACGAGGAACAAGGACUAGCGAGGAAACCGGUGGACAUUACUUUCACUGUUCGCAGUUCAAGGAGUUAUCUGAUGGGGUCAGAGAUUAGCAAUGCUCUAAUGAAACUCACUAUGGUGGAAUUCAGCUAUUACAUGGGCUUUCCUGUACUGCAGAUUGCUGAGCCUUUCCAUUAUCCAGAGCUGAACACCAGCCAACUGCUUCGCUCUUCCUGGGUUAGAACAGUACUCCUGGGUGUGCUGGACCAGAAAGUGGGUGAGAGGACCUUUCAAGCUAACAUGGAGCGCCGGUUGGCCCUGUUACUCGGGGAAGCAAUAGGAUCAGUCAGACGGGUUAAAAGGGCCACCACCAUAGGCAACAGUAGUGUUCAGGUUGUAAGCGCAAGCCGGUUGGCGGGUGCUGACCUCCCCCUCGAAAUAGUGUAUUUUGUGGAGGAGCCUAGUGGUCAGAGGAUGCCUGCAGAUCAGACUGCUAGCCUGCUUAACAGCUUGGAUGUCCAAAGAGCUGCUAUUGUCCUGGGAUAUCGUGUACAGGGCAUAUUAGCACAACCUGUUGAAAAAGUGACAUCUUCACCCUCUGACAAUGAGAACACAAACAUGUGGAUCAUCAUCGGGGUUGUGAUUCCCCUCCUCGUGGUCAUCGUCAUCAUUUCCAUCCUUUACUGGAAGUUGUGUCGGACAGACAAGCUGGAAUUCCAGCCAGACGCCAUGACCUCCAUCCAACAGAGACAAAAGUCUACUAUGUUACUCAGAGAAUCAAGGACCUCUCGUCAACAGCGACUCCCUCAAACUAAAAAAGGUAUUGAGUUUAGUGAGGAUGAAGAGGAGGAGUAUGAAGAGGAAGAAGAUGAUGAAGAGGAGGAGGAAGGGGAGGAGAAGGAUUUUAAAAAGGGGAAGAGAUCAGUAGCUCUCAUGAGCAAACAGGGUUUGAAAAAUGAGGAGGAAGAAGAGGAGGAAGCUGAAGAAGAGGAGGAAGAAGAGGAGGAAACUGAAGAAGAAGAGGAGGAGGAGGAGGAAGAAGAGGAAGAGGAGGAGGAUAAAAAGAAACUGAAAAGGAAAGAAGACACAUCAAGAGAGCAAAAAAAGGAAGAGAGCAAAGCUGUGAAAAAGAAACCAGAGGAAGUGAAGAAAGAAGAGAAAAAGAAAGUAUUGUCUAAAGGGAGACGAGCCAAGGAGGAGCUGCAGGCUCCCACCGUUAAAGGCUUUGACUUUGCCAAGCUGCACCUUGGCCAGCAGAGCAAGGAUGAUGUCAUGGUGAUCCAGGAGCCUGUCCCGUCUGGCCUCGGGCCCGUCCAAGUAUCCAUUAAAGAUGGCCUCAGUCCAUCUGAGAAUGGGGAGAUCCCCACUCCCAUUUCCAAAACGUCCGCCUCCUCCACAAAGGCAUCGCGCAGUGGUCGAAGGAGAGGAAGGAUCUCCUCAUCAGAUGGUGACUCUGUGUUAAGUGACCAUUCCAGUGAGCGGGAAUCAACCGAGGAGAACCUGAGAGCCCAGGCCACGCCCAGCGACAGCAAGCAGACCCGUAAGGUCCCCAUCAAUGUUUUAAACGGCAAGAAUAGAAUUGGUCCUCCUCCUAUGAACGAUACAAAUGAGCAGCUGUCUUCAGCCUCCAUCUUUGAACACGUUGAUCGGAUAUCUCGUGGCACCGACGCAAGCAGGAGACUCCCCAAUAAAGUCCAGCUUAUUGCCAUGCAGCCUAUGCCUGUCCCACCACUCCACAGUCCGCCUGUCAAUGGAAAAUUGUCAGACACAAACCAAAUGACCAAAGAGAUCCAGGUAGCGUUGAGGCACAAGUCAGAAAUUGAGCAUCAUCGUAACAAAAUUCGUCUUCGUGCCAAGAGGAAGGGCCACUAUGACUUCCCAGCUAUGGAUGACAUAGGUGGUCUUGGCGAUGCAAAGGAUCCGGAUCGCAUUUAUCACAAAGAACAGAUGCAAAUCGAUAAGAUCCUGGACCCGGAUGCUCAGAUGCCGUCUGUCUUCAUGGAACCCAAGAAAAGUGGUCGAGGCAGGCGCUCACCAAAGCAGAGGAUGAAAGACCAGAUGAAUGGAGGCAUGAUGGAAGCAGACAAAGACCGCCUCAUCACUGAAGACACUGAUGCUGCUUACAGAAAGUGCCCUGGGGUCAACAAUGUGGCCUAUGUGUCGGACCCUGACCAAGGCCCAGGAUCCCCUCACAGGAGUCCUUCCCCCACAGAUGAUGUCUUCCCAGCCCCCGCUUCCUCUCCUCCCGGCCAUGCCCCUCCCCCACCACCGUACAUGCCCCCACAGCCCUCCAUCGAGGAAGCAAGGCAGCAGAUGCACUCCCUGUUGGAUGACGCCUUCGCUCUUGUGUCACCCACUUCUCAGGGCAGCACUGCCGGGAUCACUCUCCCAGGGGUCAACAGCAACCCUCCGAACUCCAGCCCUCCAGGUCAUGGCCCGAGACCUUGGGGUCUUUCCUACCAAGCUUUCCCCACCAGAUUCCCUGAGAUGGGCAUGUCCUCUGCUGCAGUACAAGCAACAAGGCAGGGCCUUGGCUCGAGCUACCUGCCACCAGGAGAAACAGCAGGGCACGGCGAGCAGCUCCGGCCAGACAGCCUGUACUCCAGCAGGGGCCUCUACGCUGAUGAACUGCCCUCAUCUGCCAGACCACGUCCAGUGGGAGGAACCACAGGUGCCCAGCUCCAUCAUCUUGCACAAGUGGGUCUGUCCAGUCGGAUGAAUGGUUACCCAGCAGGAGUCAGGGCUGCUCCGGGCCAGAAUGGAGGCUUAGGCUGGAACCACUAUCAUGAUGACAAUUUCUCCAGAGCAGAAGCUGAAAAAGAUGCAAUUCACCGGAGUGGUAUCAGGGAGCCCACGGCCCCCCCGACCCAUCUAGAUGGUGUGGGUUAUCUGACAGCCCCCCCACCUCUGGAUACUUCUCCUCCCACUCAUUCCUCUGCCUCCUUGAUCAAAGCCAUCAGGGAGGAGCUUCUGCGGCUCUCGCAGAAACAGGCGGCUGUGCCCAGCUACCACAGCUGAAGUCCUGGCUUCUAGUGUCCUGCUCUAACCAGUCAUGUCACUGACCCUGCCUGCUUGCUUCACCUAAUCUGACAGUGCUUCCCAUGGAAGUCCAUUAAGCUGUACAGCAGAGAGAUAGUCCUGCUAAAGUAGAGAGGUUUGCUCCUGAGAAACUGCAUAACAGGAUGGCUGAUAAGGACUGACGUCAGCUGCAGUAGAGUACAGCUGACCAGAGAUGACGUGAAACAGACGCGUGAACUCGACAUGCCCGUGUUUCUUUCCUGUUCUUUACCGUGGACCAGGGAGCGCUAAUGUCACGUACUGUGGAUCCAUAUGUUGGACUUGAUUUUGCUGCAUUUCCUCAGACUCUGGUUUCAACUUUAUGUCGCCUUCACAAACAGAAAUACAGUGUCAGACUGAAGUCACAAUGUCUUUUUACAUCACAUAACCUGAUGUAUUUCUUCUUUUUGAUGCAGACCCCUAACUUCCUUUCCACCAUCAGGUGCUUCCUGUCUUCUGCCAUGAUGAGCCAUGUUAUGCCUUGACACUGUGAUACAGUUCACGUGACCAUACCUGCUGUUAGAGCCUACAGUAAGAUCAUAGUUCACAGCCAGCAAUCCAGUUCAGACAGCAGGCAAAGAAGGGGCAUCCAUACACAGUAAUAACACUCAUUAAUGCUACCUAUUCUGUCCUUACUUACUACAGUAAAACAGUGUUCGACCUCUCGGCUUACAGUAUAUACUUUUUCAUGUUAAAGUGCUGUUUUUUUAAUUCAUGUUGAGAAGCUACUUGAUGGUUAAGCAAACAGGAGAAGAAAUCAGCCUUUAAACAGAUCAAACAGUUUCUGAGCAAGUUUUAAAGACGCAGACACAGAUGUGGUACAAAUAAUAAAAGGUGACAUACUUGAUGAUUAUGGUCAAUAUUUAAUGUAUGUAUUCAUUAUGUGGUUAUUUGAUGCACUGUAUACAGACUACUUGGUAGGGCUCAGGUUUUUCAUUAAGAGAUUCCUUACGGACAAAUCCAUAAAAAGACACUUUAGAAGGUCACAUGGAAGAAGUGUAAAUUAGGGAAAGUCACAGACACCAGUGUUCCGUUUGAACUCAUUUCUGUGUCGAAUACACAUGGAUGUCUUUUUCAUGCAGUAUUGGAAGUUUGAUUUGCCUUUUUGUUAGCACAGGAAGGGAAGACGUGUACUGUAUUUCAUUAAUGGUUUACUUCAACUACUCAUUUUUACAUGCUUUUUAAAUAGAUUUGGAUUUACCUUGCAUCAUUUGUGUUCACCUGUCUCUUAGUCAUCAUGCUGGUUAGAAGUCAUUCUAGGUCUUUUCCACAGGACGUGGUGUGAUGUUUCGGGGGCCUAAAAUUUUAAUUUAUUAGAUUAAAAUAAAAGAGGAAAUGUGGGGUUUUUAUAGCAGGACUUGAAGAUGUGUUUUUGCAGUUUGUGCCAGGAGUAUAUGGCAGAUUUGAAAUGUUCCCUGCACAAGCCUCGACUUCCAGGUGAUUUUACUGAUGUGGCCACAGUGUACUUCUCAUGCCAUGUUUCGUUUCCAUGUGACGUGCCUUUUGGACUCACCUGAAUUGAUUAAGCACCAGAAAAGACUGUCUACUAUUACGCUCCCACUUCUAACACAGAAUUAUUUAAAAGCAUCAUUAUUCCAACAUGGCUGUUAGUCAGUGGAUGUAAUCGCAGUUGAACUGUAAACGAAUCGAUGGAACAUCAGGUAACGGUGGCACUGUAGCUUUGCUGUCCAUUACAUGUUCCUGGUUUAUCCAUCUCACACUGUACGCCUCCAUCUGCUGGUUCUGUACUGUAACUACAUCCUCGUGUUCAUCCUCAGUUGCUUUUUGUUGUUGUUGUUUAUUUGCAGUGCUUUUCUACGUGUUCUACUAUGUAAAAAUGAUCCGUUGGCUGGCCCAACUUUCCAUUUGCAUGUUUAAUUGUUGUAUUUCUUUGGCUUGGUUUUGAGCAUGCUAUUUCAGAAUUUGUGAAAUACAAAGUAAGCUGUAA